GACGUCGGAGCGCCUCGAGGAGCCCGGUUGGCUGUAGUUUGGAGGCCCCUGCUAGGGCAGGGCUUGGAGUGCUGGCGUCCGAACCGCGUAGCUGUGCCCGCCUGGACCCGGCAGGGCCGAGCCGAGCGCGAGCACUGCGCGUGCAGUGACGGAUCCCUAGCCCGAGCUGCGGCCGCCGCCGCCAUGCGCUGGGUUCGGGCGCUGCUGAAGAAUGCCACCCUGGCAGGAGCGCCCAAAUACAUCGAGCACUUCAGCAAGUUCUCCCCGUCCCCGCUGUCCAUUAAGCAGUUUCUGGACUUCGGGUCCAGCAAUGCCUGUGAGAAAACUUCAUUCACCUUCCUCAGGCAGGAGCUGCCUGUGCGCCUGGCUAACAUCAUGAAGGAGAUCAAUCUGCUUCCCGACCGGGUGCUGAGCACCCCGUCCGUGCAGCUGGUCCAGAGCUGGUAUGUCCAGAGUCUCCUGGACAUCAUGGCGUUCCUGGACAAGGACCCUGAGGACCACCAUACCCUGAACCAGUUCACAGAUGCCCUGGUCACCAUCCGGAACCGUCACAAUGACGUGGUGCCCACCAUGGCACAGGGUGUGCUUGAGUAUAAGGAUACUUACGGUGAUGACCCUGUCUCCAACCAGAACAUCCAGUACUUCCUGGACCGCUUCUACCUCAGCCGCAUCUCCAUCCGUAUGCUCAUCAACCAGCACACCCUGAUCUUUGACGGCAGCACCAACCCAGCCCACCCCAAACACAUUGGCAGCAUCGACCCCAACUGCAACGUCUCUGAUGUGGUGAAAGAUGCCUAUGACAUGGCUAAGCUCCUGUGUGACAAGUAUUACAUGGCCUCACCUGACCUGGAGAUCCAAGAGAUCAAUGCAUCCAACUCCAAACAGCCAAUUCACAUGGUCUAUGUCCCGUCCCACCUCUACCACAUGCUUUUUGAGCUCUUCAAGAAUGCCAUGCGGGCAACAGUGGAAAGCCAUGAAUCCAGCCUCGUUCUCCCCCCUAUCAAGGUCAUGUUGGCCUUGGGAGAGGAAGAUCUGUCCAUUAAAAUGAGUGACCGAGGUGGGGGUGUCCCCUUGAGGAAGAUUGAGCGACUCUUCAGCUACAUGUACUCCACAGCACCUACCCCUCAGCCCGGCACUGGGGGGACCCCGUUGGCUGGCUUUGGUUACGGCCUCCCCAUUUCCCGCCUCUACGCCAAGUACUUCCAGGGGGACCUGCAGCUCUUCUCCAUGGAGGGCUUUGGGACCGACGCUGUCAUCUAUCUCAAGGCCCUGUCCACGGACUCGGUGGAACGCCUGCCUGUCUACAACAAGUCAGCCUGGCGCCACUAUCAGACCAUCCAGGAGGCUGGCGACUGGUGUGUGCCUAGCACGGAGCCCAAGAACACGUCCACCUACCGUGUCAGCUAGGGGACCCCCACUCAUCUGCCCCUGAGAGGAUGGAUUGCUGUCUCUGGGGCUGGCCACCAUGGGGACCCUUCCUGUCCCCCAGGGUCUGGGUGGGGGGUUUUCUCUGAUGACCAGGUUCUGUCUAUGGAAAUCACUGCAAUGA